AUGACUGAAAACAACAUCAACAAAACCACUCACUUUCAAUGCACGCGUACUCCAAGUACAGAGGCCAUGAGCCUAACAUGUCUUUCUCCUGAUACACCACCAGAGGAUCCUCUUUCGCAGCCUGUUAAGCCCCAGCGCAAGUAUCCCCCGCUGUACGCCCGCCGCGAGCUAAUAAGCAUUCAUAUGCCUUCAAGACUUCACGAAACAUUCGGCCUUUCCGUCUCCAACGUUAUAUUUGACGCUAUACGAGGAUCGGCUGCAACUAUUAUGACUUCCUUCCCUUUUUCAGCAAAGUCGUCCAGUAACGAUGGCUCAGAGCCCCGAAUGCUAACGCUUAAGCCGUAUUCACUUUGA